AUGUGCAUAACCCACCAACGCUGCUCAAUCUGCGAGAAUCACUAUGAGAAAUUCACCAAAGACUGCUCCUCGGAAAGCCCACAGAAUGCCGAAGGAACAUGUAACGAACACAGUAAGUACCUUGACAGGGAGGAUGGAUGGUGUCUAGGCAUUGGCAUUGUCUGCUACAAGUGUAGCAAGAUCACAGCUGGAGAGCCGAUGACGCCGAAGUUCAAAAACAGACAGGCUGGGGCUUGGAAGAGAAUGUUGAAGGCGAAGUUGAUGGACAAGAAGAGGGAAGCUGAAGAUGCAAGAUGGGAAGAUGAAAUGGGAAUGGAGGUCGGCGCGCGAGCGGAAGCAGUUGAACAUGCGGAGGUGUGGAGGAAGGAAGUGGAAGUUGUAGUGGCUGCUGAGAAGGGCAAAAAAGUGAAGAAUGAGCUGAACGCCUCGAAAUUGGAACUAGCCAACUUUAAAUAA